AUGCGGAAUUGGCAUUCUAACUCGCAAGCUGUUCUCGACGUAGUAACUGCUGGGACAGAGUGCGAGAAAAGUCUGAAUCUCUCAUCAGAGUUGGCCACAGAAAAAUCCUGGGAGGUCUGGCGAUCUGCUAUAGGUUGGGACGACGAAAUUUCGGACAUACUCAACAACAAAUGGGAGAUGUGGCUGCGAUACCUACCAGCAGUGCAAUCUGUGAGAAUACCACGCUGCUAUCGAGUAUCCAUCGAUUUAGGAGAAGAUACCAACGUGCAACUCCACACUUUCGUGGACGCCAGUGAGUUCGGGUAUGCAGCUGUAGUCUACUUACGCUUCGAGCAUAAGGGAAAGGUGGAGUGCUCGAUUGUAUCAGCUAAGGCAAGGGUGGCACCACUUCGGUUUGUCUCCAUUCCUCGUCUGGAAUUGCAAGCCGCGGUGAUUGGUUCUCGAUUGGCGGAAACUAUUGCAAAAUCAUUGUCGUUUAGGAUCGACAAACGAAUAUACUGGACGGAUUCACGCGACGUUUUAUGUUGGCUCCGUUCAGACCAUCGGCGCUACUCACAGUUCGUAGCAUUUCGUGUUAGCGAACUUUUGGAAACCACUACUGUAUCCGCAUGGCGCUGGGUAGGUUCAAAAGACAAUAUAGCAGAUGAAGCCACUAAAUGGCAGCGACAACCAGGACUUGAAAGCAGUGGCCAGUGGUUUAAUGGACCCAAAUUUCUUUACGAAGAUCCUGAAGGAUGGCCAAUUGAAUCAACCGGUGAUCGAAACACCAACGAGGAAAUACGAGCCCAUCUGCUCCACCACAUAGUGGUACCAGCACCAGUUGUAAAUGUCAACAACUUCGAAACAUGGAAACGACUUCUACGUGUAACUGCUAGACUGUUUAGGUAUGUUAAUAACCUCCGGCUAUCCGUUGCAAAACAACAUCGCAGAGAAGGUCCGUUAUCAAUGUCGGAGCUUCAGCGCGCUUCGUGUUAUCUUCACCAACAAGCUCAACAAGAAUCGUACUUCGAAGAAAUUAGUAUACUAAGAAGUUCUGGAGACCGCCAACUACCGAAAGCCAGUUCUCUUUACACCUUCAACCCGUUUCUGGACGCAGAAGGGUACUUCGAAUGGGAGGAAGAAUUAGGAAUUGCGAAUAUGCGACGAUGGAUGUGA